AUUGAAGCUACAGUUCAUGAUACAAUGACGCGUUGGUUGUCCUCUCUGUUCUUGUUUACAAUUUUAACAUGGAACAUAGAAUCUGCAAAAAUUUUAGUGAUUUUUCCAAUGCCUGCACACAGCCAUUUUUCUUUGGGUUUUCGCCUAUCAAAAGAACUAGCCGAUCGAGGACAUCAAAUGACUGUGAUUAAUCCCUACCCUCAAAAAACACCCAUCAAAAACUAUAAAGAUAUUUCGGUUGAAGAAAACGUGGAAUUUAUCGAAGAAUUAAAGAAACAAUUGUUUAAAUUUAACACACUGGGACCUUAUGAUAACAUAAAUGCCGUCUAUGACAUGGGUGUUGAUUUGACUGAAAAUACCUUACAAAAUAAACGUGUUCAAGAUCUCUUAAAAUCAGGAGAAACUUUUGAUCUUGUCAUAAUGGAACAUUUUUUGAACGACGCUGAAGUCGGAAUAGCCCACCAUUUCAAAGCCCCUUUUAUUUUAAUCUCUCCAUUUGGAAUUAGUAGAAUAAAUAACCAUAUUUUAGCAAAUCCAUUACCUUCCUCUUAUGUCCCAAAUCUUUUGGGUACAUUUUCCAAACACAUGAAUUUCUGGGAACGACUUCAAAAUUUCUUAUUAAACAUUUUGACUGAUCUAGUCAGAGAAUUAAGCUUCAUGCCCCGACAACGCAAAAUGUUCAAAAAAUACAUAAAAACUGAUUUAGAACUGGAUAAUGUUUUAUACAAUGCCAGUUUGAUGAUGACCAAUUCACAUGUUAGCGUAAACGAUGCUGUUCCACAUGUUCCUGGCGUGAUUGAAAUUGGCGGAUUUCAUGUAAAUCCCAUAAAAAAAUUACCUGAGGAUUUGCAAAAAUUUUUGGACGAGUCGAAGGAAGGCGUCGUCUUGUUUUCCAUGGGUUCUAAUUUGAAGAGUAAGGACUUACAACCGAAAGUGCGUGACGCUAUUUUAAGAGCUUUUUCAAAAAUUAAACAAAAAGUUUUGUGGAAGUUUGAAACGGACUUACCCAAUGCCCCUAAGAAUGUAAAAAUUAUGAAAUGGUUGCCACAGCAAGAUAUUUUAGCCCAUCCAAAUGUUGUCGCAUUUAUAACACAUGGAGGUUUGUUGAGUACUAUCGAAACGGUCACUCGAGGAGUCCCAAUAAUCGGUAUUCCUGUUUUCGGUGACCAGAAAGCCAACAUUGCUGCUGCAGUAACUCAAGGUUAUGGUGUUAGUGUUCCCUUGCCAGAAUUAUCCGAAGAAAAAUUAUCUUGGGCUUUGAAUGAAAUUUUAAACAAUCCUAAGUACCGCCAAAAUGUGAAACAGCGAUCGAAAUUAAUAAAUGAUCAACCUUUAAAACCCAUUGAUGCAGCUGUUUAUUGGGUCGAACACGUGAUUCGACAUGGAGGUGCUACACACCUCAGAUCUGCAGCACUUGACCUCAAAUGGUACCAACGCGAAAUGGUUGAUAUAUUUCUCUUCUUGGCAUUUGUCAUAAUUGUAACACUCGUUGUAGUAUGUAAAAUUAUCAAAUUUUGUGUUGGUUUGUGUUGCAAACAACCAAAAGUGAGUAAAGCUAAAAAACGAUUCGCAAUGACGCGUUUUUUAGCAGCUAUAUUUUUAUUUGCAAUAAUAUGGAGUGCCCAAAGUGCAAAAAUUUUGGUAAAUUUUCCAAUGCCAGCUUACAGCCAUUUUUCUUUAGGCUUUCGGUUAGCUAAAGAAUUGGCUGAUCGUGGCCACCAGGUCACUGUCAUAAAUCCGUACCCACAGAAAACUCCAAUUAAAAAUUAUAAGGACAUAUCCGUAGAGGAACAUGUAGAAUUUAUUGAAGAAUUGAAGAAAAAUUUAUUUGGAAUGAACAAUAUGGGAUUUGUGUCCAAUAUAAAUUUUCUACUAAUGAUGUGUUCAAACUUAACUGAACGAACAUUUAUUAACAAAAAUGUCCAACAACUUUUAAAUUCUGAGGAAAUUUUUGAUUUGGUCAUCACAGAACAUUUCUUAAACGAAGCUCAUUUUGGCUUAGCUCAUCAUUUUAAAGCACCUCUUGUUGUGGUAUCUCCUGGAGCUGCUAAUUCCUUAACUAAUCAUCUAACUGCUAAUCCAUCCCCUUCCUCUUAUGUCCCCAAUAUUAUGACUGGCUUUACCAGUCAUAUGAAUUUCUGGCAACGUACCACGAAUUUUCUCGCAAACAUCGUAUAUGACGGCAUGAGAGAAGUUAUUAUGAUGCCAAUACAGAGAAAACUUUUCAAAAAAUAUAUAAAAUCCGACUUAGAACUGGACGACGUUUUGUUUAAUGCAAGCAUUGUUUUAACUAAUUCUCACAUUAGCGUGCAAGACGCUGUUCCUCACGUACCAAACAUGAUUGAAAUUGGAGGUUUUCAUGUAAAACCCCCGAAAAAAUUACCGGAUGAUUUGCAAAAAUUUCUCGAUGAUUCCAAGGAAGGCGUUAUCUUAUUCUCGAUGGGUUCAAACUUGAAAAGCAAGGACUUGAAACCUGAGGUUAGAGAAGGAAUUUUGGAAGCAUUCUCAAAGAUUAAGCAAAAGGUUUUAUGGAAGUUUGAAACCGAAUUAGAGGGUGCUCCCAAAAAUGUGAAAAUAAUGAAAUGGUUGCCACAACAAGAUAUUUUAGCACAUCCAAAUAUUGUCAUGUUUAUUUCACAUGGAGGUUUAUUGAGUACUAUUGAAGCUGUCUACCAUGGUGUUCCAAUAGUAGGUAUUCCCGUGUUUGGGGAUCAGGAAGCUAACAUCGCUGCUGCUGCAAGUAAAGGUUAUGCUGUUCGUGUCCCCUUAAAAGAACUAUCCGAAGAGAAACUUUCAUGGGCCUUGAAUGAAAUACUCAAUAAUCCAAAAUACCGAGAAAAUAUCAAACAACGUUCAAAAUUAAUGCAAGAUCAACCAUUAAAACCUCUUGAUUCUGCCAUUUACUGGAUAGAACAUGUCAUACGUCAUAAGGGUGCCCCACAUCUUAGGUCUGCAGGUCUUGAUCUCAAGUGGUACGAAAGGGAAAUGAUCGAUAUUAUCCUCUUUUUAACUCUAGUCACAAUACUGUUGUUUAUAGUUUUUUAUAUAAUCAUUAAAAAAAUUAUUAGAUCGUGUUGCAGAAAGAAACAGGUCAAAGUGUCUAGAACAAAAAAAAAUAAAUAAACGAUUACACUUUU